CCAAAAGAGAUUUUCCUUCAUAGAAAAUUCACUAAAAAACGUUCGUUUCCAAUUUUAUAGGAUCUCGUGCACAAAUAAUUCAGACACACAGAGACGUAUCCAUCUUUCUGACCCAUCAAUUAAAAUUUGACCCAAAAGAUCAAAUAAACAGAAUCCAUCUUUUUCAUUUUCAUCGAUUCCAUUUCACACUUUUCCUGUGGAAUAAAUUUGUAUCUUGAUUAAUUCUUCUUUCUAGCAAAUGAGAAAGCUGCUUUUCUGAGUGUGAGCAGCAAAAUUCACCAAAUCGAAAGAGGAAGACAUAAUUUAAGCUGGGAUUGGAGAAGAAAGUAAAAAGGGUUUUUAGAGGCAGACAGGCAGAGACAGAAGAAUUAACUGGUUCUUGUCUGAAUCAUGGAUACGAGUGAAGCUAGGAAUCGUAAAGUUGUUGCAGUGGAACAGUUCGAUCUCGAAAUCCCUGAGACUGCUCAUCAGAUUAGCAGCGAUUCAUGGUUUCAGGUAGCAUUUGUUUUGACGACGGGUAUAAACAGCGCCUAUGUGUUGGGAUAUUCGGGGACAGUGAUGGUUCCUUUGGGUUGGAUUGGUGGUGUUGUUGGUCUCAUUCUUGCUACCGCAAUCUCCCUUUACGCAAACUCUCUUAUUGCCAAGCUUCAUGAGUUUGGUGGCAAAAGACACAUUCGAUACAGAGAUCUCGCAGGCUUCAUCUACGGGAAAAAGAUGUAUCGGGUUACAUGGGGAUUGCAAUAUGUCAAUCUUUUCAUGAUUAAUUGUGGAUUCAUCAUACUCGCUGGUUCCGCCUUAAAGGCUGUGUAUGUACUUUUUAGAGAUGACAGUCUCAUGAAGCUGCCUCACUUCAUUGCCAUCGCCGGUGUAGUUUGUGCGAUUUUCGCAAUCGGUAUUCCUCAUUUAUCAGCUCUUGGAAUCUGGCUCGGACUUUCAACAAUCCUCAGUUUGAUCUACAUUGUUGUUGCAAUAGUCCUAUCAGUUAAAGAUGGAGUAAACAAACCAUCAAGAGAUUACAACAUACAAGGAUCAUCAAUAAACAAACUCUUUACAAUAACAGGAGCUGCAGCAAAUCUUGUUUUCGCAUUCAACACUGGAAUGCUCCCGGAAAUACAGGCAACAGUGAAGCAACCGGUGGUUAAAAACAUGAUGAAGGCUCUGUAUUUUCAAUUUACUGCUGGUGUUUUACCCAUGUAUGCCGUUACAUUCAUCGGUUAUUGGGCUUACGGGUCUUCCACAGAGACUUAUCUGUUAAACAGUGUCACUGGACCUCUCUGGGUCAAAGCCCUCGCUAACAUCUCUGCUUUUCUCCAAUCCGUUAUCUCUUUACAUAUUUUCGCAAGUCCGACUUAUGAGUAUAUGGACACAAAGUAUGGAAUCAAAGGAAGUCCAUUGGCAUUGAAGAAUCUGCUGUUUAGAACGGUAGCAAGAGGAAGCUACAUCGCGGUUAGCACUCUUCUCUCUGCGCUUUUGCCGUUUCUCGGAGAUUUCAUGAGCCUCACGGGAGCGAUAAGCACAUUUCCUCUGACGUUCAUAUUAGCGAAUCACAUGUAUCUUGUAGCUAUGAACACUAAGCUUAGCACUGUGCAAAAGCUAUGGCAUUGGCUUAAUGUUUGCUUCUUUGGGUUAAUGUCUCUUGCUGCUGCAAUUGCUGCUCUUAGACUUAUCGCUGUCGACUCCAAGAAUUUCCAUGUUUUUGCUGAUGUUUAGUUAAACAAAAUUCUGCUUUUGUAGUCUUCGACAUUGUCUAUGUAAUCUUGUAUACCAAAAAGAAGAGCUGUAAUC